UCAAUCAUUAGCGUAGGCGACUGUCCGUCGAGAUGAUGGUCAGAGGGUAGAGAGGAAAAAAAAUGGAGAGAAGUCCGAGCGAAGAGUUUACUGGUUGACGGGCAGCGGCGGCGGUUUGUUCGGUGACGGGCUCGCGGCGGCCGGUGGAUGAGCGGCGGUGCCCGCUCCUCCUCCUCCUCUCUCCGGUUACCCUGAGGGGCGUGAGAGCGGGGUCGGGGGGGAGGCCAGCGAGUGGCGCCGCGGGGCCCUCGGGACCUCAGGCCUCGGACCAUGGCCGAGUUCGUGGUGCCUCGGCACAGCGCCGUGGUGGAGCGGCUCCGCAAACGGAUCGAGCUGUUCCGCCGCCACCACUCGGCCUGUGAGUCGCGCUACGAGCGGGCCUCGGCCGAGCGCCUGGAGCUGGAGCGGCAGCACAGCCUGGCGCUGCACCAGCGCUGCCUGCAGACCAAGAGCAAGCGGGUGGCCAAGCAGCGGCCUCCGCCUCAGCCGCCGGCCGCCCCGGCCCCGGCCCCUACUUCGAAUCAGGCCCCAGCGACAGCCCCGGUCCCGUCGCAGCAUGAACCGCAGCCCGCCUUCAGGAAUAGCUCCGGACCUGCGGCCACCGGUACAGACGCUGACCACCAGCCCGGAGUUACAGCCGCCGACCAGAGCCGGACCAGUACCCUACAGGCGCUUCACGAGCGGGUGAAAAGAAAACUACAGGCUGAUGGCUCUCCUUUGAAUGGAGAUCAGCAAAACGGAUUUGUAGAUGGCAGCUAUUCGGGGACCAAGAAGCUCCGACUGAAUGGAGAAGAUGCAUCAGGGCUCCUAAUGGUUAAUGGGUCAUCUAAUGGCAUGCCACCGAUGUCUCCGCUCCACCAAAGGGACAAAGCAUCUGCCAUUGGGGAUGGCAUCCAAAGCAUUGCUAAUCAUCCUCUAGGUCUAGACACCUUGAAGAAGGAAUGUCUUCCAGAUUCCAGUGUGCAGAUAAAUGGGAACUGUGAUGGUGUUGAUGGUUUCACUCUCAUUAAAGAGCUUAAGCAAGAGCCUGUACUGGAUUUAGCUUGUGUGAACCCUUCAGGCACCUCUCUCUCCCAGAACAACAUGUUUCCCGACAUUAAUUUGAAUGAACAGGAAUGGCAGGAAUUGUUUGACGAAUUGAACCGUUCUGUGCCAGAUCAAGAUAUUCAGGACCUUUUCAAUGAGGAUUUUGAGGAGAAGAAGGAUAUUGAACCUGCUUCAUCUGAUCAGAACUGUCUGUCGGACAACAUCAUCAUCAAAACGGAGUUUUCUCCUUCUUCAUUUGAGCAUGAACAGACAGAAUCUCCACAAGCCAGACCCUCUCCGUCAGGGCCUUCAUUUACAAGUGUGUCUUUGGCAUCUGUGAAUACGGCUCCGUCAGUGUCCCAGGCUGUACAGUCUGCUGCAGGCCCCACUCCGGUUUGUGCGAGGCCUGUGUCUAGCGUUCUGUUGCCUGGCAACCCGGGACUGUCUGUGGAGCGGUCUCAUGCCCAGCAGCUCCAACAGAUGGCCGCUAAUCAGAAGCAGAGAGCUCAGCUCAUGCAGAAACAACAGGCACAACACUCCUCACCCAGCCAGGUUCCAAACUGGUCAGCAGCGCCCACUCAGAGUCCUUUAAGUGGGCCCUUCAGCCUCGACAAGCCCAGCAGCCCCUCCAUAUACCAGCAGGACUUCAAUCCAAAGCUCUCAAUGGCCAGCAUGCCGCCAAAGAGCUCUGCAAAAGCUGCCGGUAACUACCUUCAGCCGAACCGCGUGGGUAUGCUGAGUCAACCACCCAACAACUUGGGCCAAAACUCGGCAAGCAGUCACGUUCCUCUGCUGAGCUAUGCUAACACUAAACGGUUGACUCAUUUUGAGCUGUCCGACAGUCAGAGGGCUGUGGCAACAAACCAGAAUAAAACGGCGAUGUUUGCAUACAUGCGGCAGCAACAGCAGCAGGUUUCCCACCUCAGCGAUGAGCAGAAGAGAAUGCUGGUGAUGAAGCAGAAAGAGCUGCCACAGGCUGGCAUGUCAUACCGGCCCCAUCUUCAGCACAAUCAGGAUCAAAGUGCCGGGAAUGUCACCAGAGCGCAGAACCCUGUCCAGGGAUCGGGUGCAGGGUCUCAGCCUCCCCCAGUGUCCAUCGCUGGCAGUCACGGAGGUGCCAGUUAUCUUAGUGGCCAACAGCAGGCUGUGGCCAUAAAGCAACAGCAAAUGCUGGUCGAUCAGCAGGUGCAACGAGACCAGCACAUCCAGCUAAUGGAACAGCAGAAGCAACAGUACCUGCAAAGACAGCAGAUGAUGGCGGAGAGGGAGAAGCAGAGGAAACAUCAGGAGCAGCAGUUACAGAGACAUAUGAGCCGGCCCCCACCUCAGUACCAAGAUCAGCAGCAAAAUCCGUACCAUGUUGAGCAGGCCAGCCAGUUUCAGGGUUCUGCACAAGUUCUUACAGCAGUCAGUAACCUGACCACAGCAAAUGCCAGCAGCUCUCGACUAUUCUCCCAGAGUCAAAACAUGAUCCAAAUGGCUCCGAGCCAGAGUUCUGUUACCUCUAGUGCCUCUGCUGUUGGUGGCCAGCCAGAACUGGGAGCAACUCAGUACAGCAAUAUGCAUAAUGUCCAACAGGGAAUGUACAAUGUAGGGUCAAAUCUGAACCAAAUUCUUUCACAUUCGACCCAGGACACAAUGACAAAUGGGCAGCAUUCAAAUUCAUUACCAAGACAACCUAGCAGGACUCGAGGCACCCCUAUAUUAACAGGAUACGGUCAGAAUCACCUCAGCAACUCAACCCUUGCACAACAGCAGCAUAGCAAAGGGCCUGUGAGCCAAGCAGUAUCAAAGACCCCCUUGCAGAGGUUAUCUGGCACAGUGGCAAACCAGAGUUCAUCCUGGCAGCAUCAAGCUUUGCCAAGCGUGAAUAACCAAAACCAACCCAACAGUAACCUCGUCGCGUUCAGUAGUACCUCAACUUUCCACACAAGGCCAUCUCAUCCCAAAAUAGCAGGCCAACAGUUUGUGCAGGGAAUGCCCCGAGCAAGCCUCCCACCAGCCAGGCCAAUGGGUGCCAUCAACUCUACUGUUGACGGGCACAUGGUGCCUACGUUAGGUGGGCCUCUGUCACAGACCAACCCACCCUCCCAAGCAGUUCCCAGUUUAAAUCAGCCCGUUCCAGACUUGGCAAACUUCAGUUCUAGCCAACAAAUGGCCGCAAGGAGCAAUCUCCACUGCAAUCAACCUUACCAGGUAAGGAGUUCCAGUCAGGAGCUGCCUUUUAACUAUGGUAACCAAUCCGGAGGUGGCACGCUUCAGGGAUUACCUGGUGAUACAGACCUGAUGGACUCUUUGUUGAAAAACAGAACUACAGAGGAAUGGAUAAUGGAGCUGGAUGAAUUUCUGGAAUCUCAUCAUUGAAGGGCAGUUUGUUGCCAUUUAAUGAACUCAGUGGGAAAAGUGUAAUCAUGGAUUUUAUAUGUAUAUGUAUGUAUGUUUGGGACCAAAAAUAGUGAUGUGGUACAUGCCAGGUGAAAAUGUAUGGUUGGGAAGAGUUAAUGGCUGAUUUUCAUAAUUGCUAUUUUACUGGCAGUUUGGCAGUUAAAGUUUAAUUAAUUCAAUUACAAAUUUCUUUGUUCCAUUGCUGGUCAAGGAGUCAGUAAUAGAUUGCUUUAAUCUUUCCCUGGUCUUUAAGUUCACAACAUUCUGAAAGGGGAGAACAUUGCUAAUCUCAGUUGCUUGGGCGGUAUUCGAAGUAACACGUUUGUUGGAAUCCAGUGAAGAGUAUACAUCUAAAACCAAGUUAAUCCUGGUGAGUGGUACAUUUUAGUCGUCCUUUUUCCUGCCCAGCUGACCAGACUGUCUCUGACUUCCUGUGAUAUAAAGCCACCUUCCUCGCAGUCUCUCAAACUCACUGUAUUGAGGUUGAAUCAUUAUUUUGCAAAAUGCUGGAUGCUGAGCCACACUGGUAUCAGUAUUCUAGUCACUGAAUUGCCUGUCUACCAUUGCCAUAUACUUCCUGACACUAAGCCUAUUUUAGUCCAAAGGAAGGUCUUUUUCAUAACCUGAUAAGAUCAUAAGACAUAGGAGCAGAAUUUGGCCAUUCAGCCCAUUGAGUCUGCUGCACCAUUGCAUCGUGGCAAAUUUAUUAUCGUUCUCAACCGCAUUCUCCUGCCUUCUCACCAUAAUCUUUGAUGACCUGACCAAUCAAGCUCCGCUUUAAAUGACUUGGCUUCCGUGGCCGUCCAUGAUAAUAAAUUCCACAGAUUCACCACCCUCUGGCUAAAGAAAUUCCUCAUCCCUGUUCUAAAUGGACAUCCCUCUAUUCUGAGGCUGUGCCCUCUGGUCCUAGACUCCACGCCCCCCCCCCCCCCCUUUGCUCUCCUUAUAGGAAACAUCCUCUCCACAAUCAUUCUAAGCCUUUAGGCUUGUUUAAACUUGUUAGGCUUCAGUGAGAUUCUCUCCCCCACCCACCCACCCUAAUCCUUCCAAAUUCCUUCACUGUUGACCAAAGAGAGACGUUUCCAAAACCAAACAAAAGAUCAGCCUCUGUGGCCCCCACUGCUAUUUGCUUUACUCAUUGCAGGAGAAAAUUCAUGAUGUGGGUGUUGUUGGCAAAGGGACCUUUAUUGUUGCUCACUAGUUUCCUUUUGAGUGUCUUACUGGGCUCUGGAAAAAGGCAGUGAAAAAUUGCCACAUCUCUCUGAGCCAGCUUGGAUGGCAAGGAUUUCAUUCCAGUAUUCACAGCCACACUUCCAAAAAAUAAUUACUCAACAUCCUGAGGUUGUGAAUGCAAACAUGUCUGUUUUCUUCCUAAAGGGUAAUUUUUAUGACUAUCUGAAAGCUUUGUUGCUUUUUUUUACAAAAAAGGGCAGCACAGUAGGUAGUGCAGAGGUUAUCUUGACGCUGUUACAGUUUGGUUUUCUGUGUUCAUCCCAGGGUUUGUAGGUCUUCUCUAUGGAAUGUGUGGGUUUCCUCUGGGCUCCUCCCACUGUGCAAAAGGAGUACCAGUUAGUAGGUAAUUGGUCAUUGUAAAUUGUCCUGUGAUUAAGCUAGGGUUAAAUCGGAGGUUGCUGGGCGGUAUGGCUAAAAGGGCCUGUUCUACACUGUAUCUCUUAAUUAAUCUCCAAGUCCUCUUUACUGAAGGAACCUUUGUUCUCCCCAUCACUGGGUUUUGAACAGAUGUCUUUGGAUUAUAAAUCCUUUAAAUUCAGAAACCAUACCCCACACUAGAUACUCUGUGCUCACCUUCACCAGCAGAAAGGCUUGCCUCUGCAUGUGGCAAAGCCUUCGUAUCACAUAAGUGUCCACAUCUCUUUUGAGCAGUGUAUUUUGCACUUUACUACUUUGUCCUGUUUCUCUCCACCUUUGGAGGAAGGUGAGGAGAGAGCAGCUUUAUAAAAUACUCUUUAUGGGAUUCAGGACCUUUCGUGCUUCACUGAAAUGUUUCAGAAUGAAACUUGCCUCAAAAUUUAUAACAGCAACACACAAAAUGCUGGAGGAGCUCACAUGUCAGGCAGCAUCUAUGGAGAGGAAUAAACAGUGGGUGUUUCUGGCCAAGACCUUUCAUUCAGACAUGGAAAGGGAGGGUGCAGAAGUCAGAAUAAGAAAGUGGAGAGAGUGAAAGGAACACAAGCUGGCAGGUGAUAGGUGAGACCAGGUGAAGACGAAGGGGCUGGCUGUGAAGUGAGUUGGAUGCUGCCUGACUUGCUGAGCUCCUCUAGCACUGUGUAUGUCUCUUGAGCUUUCUAGUAUCGGCAGAAUCUCUUGUGUUCAAACUUCAUAACUUAUCUGUAUUGGUCCCUGAUGAAAGGUUUUAGUCUGAAACAUUGACUUGUUCAUUCCCCUUCAUAGUUGCUGCCUGACCUGUUGAGUUCCUCCAGUAUUUUGUGUGUGUGUGUGGCUCAAGAUUUCCAGCAUCUGCAGAAUCUCUGGUAUUCAAACUUCAUAAGUAGUUGGAAGUUGGGGGAAAUGAAGUGCACUAUGCAAGUAGUCCUAGUUUGUUUCUCCUUCCCCCACCCCCCCCCCCCCCCUUUGAUCAGAGCAACAUAGAUGAGAUGUUUCUACUCUCCUCCUCUGUUCAGGGUGCUGUCCGUCCUGAUGGAGGUGUUAUUGUACCUGCCUCCAAUGAAAAGUUGCAUGCAAGCUGUAAGGGGACAGAAUUUGCCCUUUAUACCUGUCAGUUGCUGCCCAGGGAUUAUCGAGGUAUAACAGCCAGUUGAAGAAAUGCAAUUGAGUCCUUAAUUGUCCCAAUUAUCCAUUUCCCUGAUUCCUGGUUGAGAUGUUCUGUGGCGUAUACACUGCCCUCCAAUCAUGGUGCUUGCCAUAUCUUACUGUCUGAAUUAGUUGAACUGUAUGUAUAUAAAUGUUUACAUUUUUAUAAAAUUGAGAAAAGGUCUUUGUCUGUAAUAUAUUUUUACAUUUUAGAGUUUUUAAAAAAAAAGCAUUUCUUGCUAUGGUUUUUGUAAGUCUUCAUUCUGCACUUGACUAUAUUGACUUGCUCUGUCUAACCACUUUGUAAUGUCAGAUUUUAAAACCACACCGUAAAGUUUUUUUUUUAAAUAUUUCAUUCUGGCAAAAAAAGACUAUGGCCAAACCUUGUUUGAAACUCACUUCGUAACCUCGCACCCCAAAGACAUUACUUCUGCUUGUUAAAAUCAGUUUGUGAUUAUUGGAGUAUUGUUUCUUAUUGAAUAGUGUGUGCAGAGCCAUGGUUAUCAAGCUGUUUGGGUGAAAUGAUGUUUAUUUAUUCCCAAGAAAUGUAUAUUUUUGUUUGGAGUGAUCCUUUGCUGCCAAUCCAUGUCUUCCAGAAAUCAAUAGUUACGGAUAGUCUGUCACCCAUUUCAGACCUUCUCCCAAAUAACUAACUUAAAUUUUUUUCAGUUUUAAUACUGCUGUGCCUCAGAGUGUAAACUUGUCACGUCACAGCCAAUCAAGUGUUUUAUAUUCAAAGCCAUUUCUUUCAACAUUAUCAUAAUUUUUAAGCAGAGGCAUAUAUUACUUUUACUUUAUCUUUUUAUAACUGUAAUUCAGGUAAAAUCUGUAUGUGUAGUUUAAACAUGGCUAUAUGUACCAGGCUGUAUAUGAUGCCUGAUAUUUGUUGUGUUUCCUUAUAUAUUUUUAAUGUUAAAUUAUUUAAGACUGUGACUGGGGUGAUAUAAAUGUAUUUUUUAGUUUAACAAUGUAAUUCAAAAUGAGGCUGUCAUUAUAUACCAUUUUGGCACCACACAUGGAACUUUAUGUAGAUUCUGACAUCCAACAUUAGCUACCUAGAAUUUGUAGCUGAUAAUGGAGUUAAUAUUUUCAUACAUUGCAUUUGCUGUUUUUCUCUUCCCUGCUGGCUACUGGGCAACAGUGAAUUACUCACUAGAAGUGCAUUAUAAUUACUUAAAAAUUAAUUGAUUGCUGAUGUUUAAGCCACUAAUUAGAAAAUUGGGCAAUGGAAGUUAAUGUGAAAUCUGAAAUUGGAGUUUAAGCGCAGUUUUAACCAGUUGGAUAUUGUUUGCAUCUCGAUUCCUUCUCAUUAAUCUUUGUUCAUAUGUUCUAAACUUCUCAUGGUUUCUGUACAAAGUGAACCUGUUUAUUCAUGUAGAUUUUAUUGUACACUUUUAUUUUUUUUAAGUGGAACUUGCACCUAUCAUAAUUCUUCAGGGCCAUCCUGUACAACAAUAUAUUUUAAUAAAGCUGAGUAUAAUCUGUGUUGAGGGGUUCCACUCUCCCGUAGUUUAGUUUAAAACUGCCCAGGACAUGUCUGAUACCCAUCUCCCCCUCCACCAUCUGCUGCCUGUAUUCUCAGUCCUUCACCUCUAAUGGCAGUGAGCAGGUGUUAGGGAACAGUUGGUUCUCCCAUUAGCCCAGCUUGUCAGUCCACCACUUGAUCUGUAAGACCAUUAACUUGGGUGCCAAUUUUAAUGAAUCCCAUCUUUAUCCACAUCCCUGCAUUCCCUUCCUGUCCAUGUGUCUAUCUCAAUGCCACUUGAAUAAUGUUGUUUAAUCUGCUUCCUCUACCUUCCCUGGCACCAAGCACUCUUAUAUAAAGAAAACUUUUUUCCAAAGCUCACCUUAAAUGUGUGUACUCUAGUAUUUAACAUUUCUACCUAGGGAAGAAAAAUUUAUUCUAUCUUGUUGAUGCCUUUUAUAAUUUUGCAUGCCUCUGUUAGGGCCCUCCUCAGCCUCCAACACUCCAGAUUAAAGAUCACUCUUCCCUCUGAACUGCACAGUAAUGGAAAUGUUCCCACACACACACUUGGUUGCAGCACAGCUGGAAGUUUCUUUUAUCUUGUGUUGUAUUAAAGUGCCACAAAGUUUGCAGGCCAUGUAAAAAAACGUUCUGCUCAGAGCAGUGCUUGGUCCAUGCAGAUGUAAAAAUAAGUAGAAGUUAGAGGGAACACGAGUGAAUCUGCAGAUGCUGGAAAUAAAUAAAAACACAAAAUGCUGGCAGAACUCAGCAGGCCAGACAGCAUCUACAGGAGGAAGUAGUGACGAUGUUUCGGGCCAAAACCCUUCAUCAGGAGGCCCAAAACGUCGUCACUACUUCCUCCCAUAGAUGCUGUCUGGCCUGCUGAGUUCUGCCAGCAUUUUGUGUUUUUAUUAGAAAUUCGAGGGAACUUUGAUAAAGGUCCAUGUUUGCCCAACAUCUCCUUUUAGCUCAUACUGUCUAAUCUGGGCAGCAUCCUGGUGACCCUUUCAUGCACUCUCUCCGAAGCCUCCAUGUCCUUAAUGGUGGUCCUCAGUUUGCAGUGCUCUUCAAUGGUUUCUUUGCCCAACAGAUUUCAAAGUGAACUGAUGGGUUUGUUGUCUUGAAGUGAUGGGUAUUUAUAUUGUUUCCAUGGGUAACAACUUACUACAGACCAUAAAACAUAGGAGCAGAAUUAGGCCCAUUGAGUCUGCUCCGCCAUUCCAUCAUGGCUGAUUUAUUAUCCCUCUCAAUGCCAUUCCCCUGCCUUCUCUCUGUAUCCCUUAAUGCCCUGACUAAUCAGGAAUCUAUUGACUUUUGCUUUAAGUAUGCCAAGUGACUUGGCCUCUACAGCCAUCUGUGACAAUGAAUUUCACAGAUUCUCCAUCCUCUGGCUAAAGAAAUUCAUCCUCACCUUUGUUCUAAAUGGAUGUCCUUCUAUUCUGAGGUUGUACCCACUGGUCCUGGACUUCCCUGGUAUAGGAAAUCCACUCAGUCUAGGCUUUUCAGUAUUCAAUGUGUUUCAAUGAGAUUUCACCUCUUCCCCCCCCCCCCCAACCAACCUCAUUCUUCUAAACUCCAGUAAGUCAGACCCAGAGCCAUCAACCACUUCUCAUAUGUUAACCUUUUCAUUCCUGAAAGCAUUUUCAUGAACUUCCUCUGGAUUCCCUCAAAUGCCAGCACACCUUUUCUUAGAUAAGAGGCCCAAAAUUGCUCUCAAUAAUCUGCAAGUGCAGUAUGACCAAUGCCUUAUAAAGCCUCAGCAUUAUAUCCUUGCUUUUAUAUUCUAGUCCUCUCAAAAUGCUAACAUUGCAUUUGCCUUCCUUACCACCAACUCACCCUGCGAGUUGAUCUUUAGGGAAUCUUACAGAAGGACUCCUAAGUUCCUUUGCUCCUCUGAUUUUUGAAUUGUCUCCCAUUUUGGAAAAUAGUCUAUGCCUUUAGUCCAGAACAUAGAGAUGUGGUCUGCUGGUUUUCUGUUUCUGGAUUUGAGGACAAUCCUGCACUGUCCAUAUCAGCGCAUGGGUGAUGGUGCGGAGAAGAUGUUUAAUUUUGCUCACUCGGGUAGUGGGAUUGACCACAACACAAUGGAGUCCAGCUGGAGUCUGAACUCCCUUUACUAAGCUGAUAAUGUUACAGGAUCCAGCUGGUCUGAGCCCUCAACCAGUCUUCAAUCUUCCUGCCUCUGUCAUUGCCACCAAUUGUCAAAAUAAUCUAAACUGGAUUUGGCCAUGGUGGGUUUUUUCUAUCUUUCUAUCUUAAAUCAGUAUAUUAAAUCUGUAAAUAUAACUCCCAGUCUUGGGAAUCACGUGUGAAUAAAGACUUCUUCAUGA